UCCCUGUCAGUAUUCACGGGCUGCUUGUAAAUAGCAGGAGGAGGGAAGUGUUUGCAUACAUAGAGCUUGGCUGAAAGAUUCAAGUAGCAGGAAGGAGUGAUGCUGCUCAAUAUAAACCAGAGAAUAUGGAAACGGGGUAAGAGCUGCUUUUUUGGCAUUUUCAUUUGGGAUUGCAGAAGGGAAGGGAAAGGCUUCUACCUGAAUCUCAUUAACGAUGGAGCUAUACAGGAGUUGCCUAACCAGAGGAUGCCGAUUCAUUAAUGGAAACUUUGACUCCAAGGACAGCAGACAGAAAUGGCUCUGACUUUAUAAAGUUGCAAUAAAGUUAUCAAAAUUGCAGUUUCAAAUGGAUGUAAAGAUAAGUUAUCUGUGGAAGAAACAGCUUGGAGGCACAUCCUUAAAUCUUCUCAAAGAUCCUAAAGUAGAAUUCAAAGAGAUUGGGCUCAAGGGCAUAUUUAUUUUUACCUUUACAGAUGCACUGUGCCACUGAAAUUAUUUGGGGCAAAAACUGAACACAGAGGCUUGCUAAACUGGUACCAAGCCUUAACAUGGCAUGCUGAACAAUAGUUGCAUGACUUUGUCAUUUGGAUGUUGUUGUUUUUCUGCAAUGUACACAAACAGUUUUAGAAGACUUUUUAAGUCUCUAAAAGGAGCCCGUCCGAUUUCAGCAAUCCUUUCAACUGUCAGCUGUUCACAUUACAACCAUUUCAUGAAAGACCAUGCUUGAUGUGAAUUCUAUUUUGGUGGUCUGGACUGAUCUUGGUGGCAGAAAAGAGUGAAUUCCAUCAUUUCACAAUGAGUCUGCUGACAUUAACUCUAUUUAUCCUGGUGAAGCUGUUGGUACUGUUUGGCCUGGGUGUUCAACUUAGCAUUUUAAGCAAUGCUUCCACUUUCACAAGAUGCCCUGAAGUCUGCAUCUGUACUGCUGAUCUCCUGAGCUGUACCAGGAAAAACCUUCGGCAUGUCCCUGUUACACUGCCUCCUACAGCUAUCACCUUGGAUCUCAGCCACAAUGCUAUUGUUCGUCUUCAUGAUUAUUGCCUGACCACUUUACCACAUCUUGAAACCUUUAGGAUUAGCCACAACAAAAUAAAAAACAUCACUCAACAUGUGUUUCGCAAUGCUACCUACCUUCUGUAUCUGGAUAUGUCCUCCAACCAUCUGCAUACUGUGGAAAAAUACUACUUUGAAGACCUUGUGAACUUAAAAGAGCUUCUCCUUUACAAUAACAAGAUAGUGCAAGUAGAUGAAAAAGCUUUCAUGACAUUAAUCAAUUUGCAAAAGAUCUAUCUAAGUUGGAAUAGGCUAACAAAAUUUCCAUUUGAGUCUAUUCAAAAACUUGAACACCCUUAUCUAAGGACGCUUGAUCUUUCUGCCAACAACCUAAGCAGCAUUCCUAUUCAAGUCAUAGCAACUUUGCCUACGUACAUUAAAAAUGGCUUAUAUUUUCACAACAACCCUGUGAAUUGUGACUGCUCUCUCCAGGAGAUGCUCCAGGAAUGGAAACAUCGCGGUUACAGUUCUGUGCGGGAUUUCAUAGAGGAGCAUACUUGUAAAGCCUACCCCAAUAUGCUCUCCUUAAUUAAGACCUUCAAUUACAAUGAAUAUUUUAAAAUUUGUUCUUGGAACCAAAGGAAAUUUGACAUUCCAGAAGUGCUGUGCAGAGUGGGAGAAUCCUUGGUAAUAGACUGUAACACAAGCCUCCAUGAAGACAACACCACUACGUACAGGUGGAUCUCCCCACGCCAUGAAUUAUUCAUGUAUCCCGAGCACAGCGAUCAGACACAUCAACCUUUAAAAAAUGGAAGCUUAAAGAUCAUAAAUGCCAACCGGUCGUACUCGGGUGUUUAUGAGUGCAUAGCAAUCAGUGAUCUCCAGAAGAUCAAUGAAACAUAUGAAGUUAAUGUGACAGUCCACUACUCCAAAUUAGUGGAAUCUUUCAGUACUAGCCUCACAACCCUCCUAGGGUGUAUUGUAAGCUUGGUAUUAGUGCUGAUGUACCUGUACCUUACACCAUGUUGUUGUUCUAAGUGCUGCAGGAAGCCUACAAGUCCCCCUCAGGACUGCAGUGCCCAAUCCUCUAUUCUUAGUACAACUCCAUCAGUCACAGAUGUAACAAAUCGCAAGAUCAGUGCAAACAAGCAUGUUGUUUUUCUAGAGCCUAUCAAGGAGAAUCAGAAUGGCAAGGUCAAGCUGGCUGUCACUGAAGACUUUGAUGUGAACCCCCCCAAGCUCCUGAGACUUAAACUGGACUCAGAAUCAAUCGGUACAGCUUUUUCUAAUCCCGUCAUGUCACCAGCAGAUGCAUAGCAAACCAACUGCAGAAAGCCUUUCUUAGUAGAUGGUUGUGAUUGGGAGGGGGGGGACCCUGUUUCCAUCCUGGGAGGAAGAGAGAAGACAAGAUAGAUUCAUGAAGGAUUUCCUCACCACAAUCUAUAGAGGAUUUUUUAAAAUGUUCUUUGGAUGGAGGAUGAUGAAUCUUACAUCUUAAGUUAUCUCCCCCACUAAUUCCUGUCCAAUUGCUCCAGUUCUCUUAGGCAUGGAAAUGAAAAGCAACUCCUUUUGAGCAAAGAAAGGAAUAAUUGUUCUCUGCACAUCCCAAAUGAUUGCCGCAUGCUUCGUUCUCAAGAUAAUAGAAGGUUCUAGAAGGUUAUCUUCUCCCCUUAGAAAACUGCUGUGGAAUAUAAACUUGUGUUGUGGCUUUGACUUUUAGAGAACAAAGUUUUUACUAUAUAACAAGGCUGUUUUCAUCUUUGCAGAAGACCCAAGUGCCUCAUAUAACCACAUUGAGACCCUUUCUUACUUGCUCCGAAAUUGCUCUACCUAGCCACUGCUUCAAACAUUGAACAUUUGUGAAAAUAGAUUCCUGAAUCCACUCUUUCUACCAUCUGCACUGCUUAAAAGAAGUUAGCAUAAAAACAAACUGAAGCAAUGUUCCCUUUAGAAAGGAAACAAGCACUGCCCCAGAUGACCAUACUUGGAUAUGUGCAGUUAGCCCAUAGUGAAUCUUAUGUAUAUUCCUGGCUACAGAACCCUGCAUGAAUAACAAUUUAUGCCUGGGAAAUACCUGAACUUGGGCUGUCUUGAACCUCUACAGGAAAGCCUUUUCAGUGCUGUGGUUUCUAAGGACACUUUAUCUGAGCCUUCAAGAAUCAAGCUUGAAAUAUACAGAGAACCACCAUCAAAACUGCUUUCAAUCAACACACAGUCUUUGCAAGGGGAAUAAACUUACAUCAGGCCCUAUUGCAUGGGUUUCUGCAGGGAAAGCAAGAGAGGGGCAAAUGAUAACAUAUGUGAGGGGUCCUCUAGGAGCUGAAUUGGGUUUUUUUUGCAGAUGCUUCAUUAUUCAAACUAGGUAACAUCAUCAGUGCUAAUAAGGAAUGGGAUUUUCUCUUCAGUUUAUAUUUAUAGUGGCUCUCCCUGUCAGGGUUGAUGGGAGUGGUCUUAGUGGUUCUUUGGUUGGGCUGUUUGCUUGUUUGGCAGUUCCUUAAUUUGGGCAUUGUUUACUUAUUAGUCUGAUGUUAACCUUGAUGUUAAUCUACGCUCCUCUGGAUGUUGAUUGCUGGUGGGAAGGAAUUUUGGUCUUUUUCUUCCCUUUUUGGCUUGUUCACUCUCUCUUUUGCACAGUAUAUAAAUGUUGUUUAUAUCUAUGUGAUUAUUCAUGGCUAAUUUGUCAGAGUGCCCGGCUUACAGAAAUUCUGUACCAUUUUUGGACUUGGCUUGGUCUAGGAUAAUCAGUUUUCCAGUUGAAACUAUGGUUAAGUCUGUCCGUGUGUUGUGAAAUUAAAGAUUUUUCAAUAUGU